GCUCCGACGCAUAGCUUUGCAACGUCUCCCAGCACUUCUUCGGAAGCUCCGGCCGUUGAGAGCGUGUUGGCCACCACCAGGGCUCCCGAGCUUUGGAAGACCCUUGCAGAGACCGGGACGACCCCGAAAAGUUCGCGAACUCCGGCGAGCAAGGCGGACACCAUCGCCGUGAUGUUGGCCAUGCAGCGCUCAGGGACGAACUUCCUGGCCGUCGAGCUGAGCCGACACCCCUGCAUCGACUUGCAGCACGAACUCUUCAACGACCUGAAGAAGGCAGGCUUCCCAUGGAGCCUGAAGUUGCGCCAGAAGCUCGAAGCACGUGUGAAAGUCCUGAAGCGAUUUCUCUUUCUGGACUUCGACGCUUCUGCCAUUGCACACUUCCCAGAGAACACCCAGGACAUCUUGAGCCGUUCCCUCGAGUCUUUCAAGGCCGGCGUCCCAGUGAGGGGCUUCAACUGGAAGCUUAACCAGGACUUCCUGCCGGCCUGGGGCACGUGGCUGCCAGACCUGAUGGUAAAGCAUCGCAUCCGCUUGAUUUGGGUGCAGCGGAACAAUUUGCUGCGACGCAUCUUCUCCAACCAGGCGAACAAGAAGACUCGCACAUGGGGCACCACGAACGAGAGCGUGGCGAAGACCGUCGGCGCAGUGAAGGUGCAGCUUGACGAGGCCACCAUCCUGGAGGAGCUUCAGAAGGAAGAGGAGAAGGUCAAAAAAGCAAAGCGAGUGGUCAAGGAG